AUGGGCGGGCCCGAGCAAGCUCAGCCGCUAGCCCCAACUUCGGGCGCCGGCGCCGAUAAGGGAGCUCGUCGGAGAAGAAUGAAAUGGUGCGGAUGUAUAUCAGUCUCUCUUCUACUUGUAAUUAUAGUGAUCAUCAUCAUCUUAAUAUUUACAGUGUUCAAGGUCAAAGAUCCCGAAAUAACAAUGAAUCAGGUGAAAGUCACAAAUCUGGAUCUCAAGGUCGAUGCAGUGCCUCGGCUUCAAGUUAGGGUUAAUAUGACUCUGGCGGUGGCCAUGUCGAUCAAAAAUCCUAAUGCGGUGUCCUUCAGAUUUGACAACACCACCACCACCAUCAACUACCACGGCACCACGGUGGCGGAGGCGUAUGGGCCGCCGGGCCGGGCGAAGGCGAGGAGCACGUUUCCGAUGAAUCUCACGGUAGACGUCUUGGCGGACCGACUGAUAAGCAGCUCGGGCCUCUUCACCGACAUCACCGGCGGCGAGAUGAACAUGACCAGCUACUCGAUAGUUCCGGGAAGAGUGAAUAUUUGGAAUAUCGUGAAGAAACAUGUGGAGAUCAAGAUGAAUUGCUCUUUGACUAUUGAUAUUAGUGGCCGAUCGGUCAAGGAUAUGAUUUGCAAGCGUAAGGUUAGACUUUAG